UUCCUCUAUUGCUGUGUCCAUUUGGUCUUGGUGUCAACCACUACCCUGGGACUUGGAUGAAGACUGGAUACAUACAACUCCCCUAAAGCUUCCAUCCAUGAAUUCUGCUGCUCUUGUCCUGCUAAUGGCUUUGGCCUCUUCUCAUGGAUUCAACCUGGACACAGACAAUCCUACAGUUUUCCAGUCAGAUGGAGCUGAAUUUGGGCACUCUGUCGUCCUAUAUGAGGGUUCUCGCCUGGUGGUGGGAGCCCCCCUGGAAAGGACAUCCCCUAACCAAAGAGGACAACUCUACAACUGUGAAUAUGGCAUUGGGAGUUGUGAGCCCAUCCCCAUACAGAUCCCUCUAGAAGCAGUGAAUAUGUCCCUGGGGUUCUCUCUGACAGCUGGUACAAACCCUUCACAGAUUCUGGCCUGUGGACCCACAAUACAUCAAGCCUGCGGGGUGAAUAUUUAUAUGAAAGGUUUCUGCUUUGUGUUAAAUUCAAAUCUGCAGCUGCGUCACAAGCUCCCAUCAGCCCUACAAAAGUGUCCCAAACAGGGUAUUGAUAUUGCCUUCCUGAUAGAUGGCUCUGGCAGCAUCUCCAAAUCUGACUUCAAGAAAAUGAAAGACUUUGUGAAAGCUGUGAUGAGCCAGUUUAAAAGACCCAACACCCAGUUUUCCCUGAUGCAGUUCUCAAGUUAUUUCAAGAUACAUUUCACCUUUGAUACAUUCAAGAAGAGUCGUUAUCCUGGAGAGCUGGUGGAUCAUAUUAAUCAACUGUCUGGAGUGACAAAAACUGCCUCAGGCAUCCUAAAAGUAGUAAACGAACUCUUUCAGAAAUCUAGUGGAGCACGAGAAGAUGCCACUAAGAUCCUCAUAGUCAUCACAGAUGGGGAGAAAUAUGAAGACACCCUGGAAUACAGAGAUGUCAUCCCCAAGGCAGAGGAAGCAGGAAUCAUCCGAUAUGCAAUUGGGGUGGGAUCAGCCUUUGACCAUCUGUCCUCCAAACAAGAACUAAAUGAAAUUGCAUCAAAGCCUUCCAAGGAUCACGUCUUCUGGGUUGACAACUUUGGAGCACUCAGUAAUAUUCAAAACCAGCUGAAAGAGAAGAUCUUUGCCAUUGAGGGUACCAAGUCGAGGGACAGUAUCUCCUUCCAGCAUGAAAUGUCUCAGGAGGGCUUCAGUGCUGCAUUUACAUCUGAAGGGCCAGUGCUUGGAGCUGUGGGGAGCUUUGACUGGUCAGGGGGUGCCUUCUUGUACUCCCCAAUUGAAAGUGCCACUUUUAUCAAGACAUCCAAUAUAAAUAAGGACAUGAAUGAUGCUUACCUGGGUUAUUCUACUGAGGCAUUCACUUGGAAUAGGGCUGAAAGCCUUGUUCUGGGAGCCCCUCGAUACCAGCACGUUGGGAUGGUUGUGAUCUUUGUGAUGAGUUAUGGAACCUGGGUGCAAAAGACUGAGGUCAAAGGGACACAGAUUGGCUCCUAUUUUGGGGCAACGCUCUGCCCUGUGGAUCUUAACAGAGAUAGCAACACUGACCUGAUCCUCAUUGGAGCUCCCCAUUACUAUGGACAGAACCAUGGAGGCCAAGUGUCCAUCUGCCCAUUACCUUGGAGGAAUGCCAAGUGGCAAUGUAACGGCAUUCUUCGGGGGCAGCAAGGACACCCCUUUGGCCGUUUUGGGGCAGCCUUGACUGUGCUAGGGGACAUAAAUGGGGAUAAGCUAACAGAUGUGGCCGUGGGGGCACCAGGGGAGGAAGAAAACCAUGGAGCCAUCUAUUUGUUUCAUGGAGUAGCUGGAUCCAGCAUCAACCCUUCCUAUACCCAGAGAGUUAGUGCCUCCCUCCUUUUUCCCACACUCCAAUAUUUUGGGCAGUCACUGAGUGGAGGACAAGACAUCACCCAGGAUGGCCUCAUGGAUGUGGCAGUGGGAGCCCAAGGCCAAGUACUGCUAUUCAGGACACAGCCAGUGCUGAAAGUUAAAGUGUCCAUCCGGUUUAUGCCAGUGGAAUUGAAAAGGCAUGUGUUUGAGUGCCAGGCACAGGAAGACACCAGCAAAGAAGCAGGAGAUGCCACUAUCUGUUUUACUAUCUCCAAAAGUGUUCCAGACAGGCUAAAUAACAUACAAAGUUCUGUGAGUUAUGACCUGGCCCUGGAUCCUGGACGCCUGAGCCCUCGUGCCAUCUUUGAUGAGACAAGAAACCGGAUACUAAAGCGUGUUAAAAUCCUGGGAUUGAAAACUGACUGUGAGGCUGUGAAGCUCUUGUUACCAGAAUGUGUAGAAGAGUCAUUGACUCCCAUCAUUCUGCGCCUCAACUUCACUCUUGUGGGACAGCCCAUCCCUUUUUCCAGGAACCUCCGACCUGUUCUAGCUGAGGGUUCUCAGAACCACAUCACAGCAACUCUCCCAUUUGAAAAGAAUUGUGGGGAUGAUCAUAUCUGUAAAGAUGAUCUUAGUGUCACUUUCAGCUUCUCUGGGAUGCAGACCCUGGUGGUGGGACACUCCCUCGAGCUGGAUAUUGAAGUGACAGUGAGGAACCAGGGUGAGGAUUCUUAUAGGACCAUCGUCACCUUCACAUAUCCCCCAGGACUGUCUUAUCGUCGAGUGUCAGUGGCCCAGAACUCAAUGCAUCAGCAGCAUUCCUCUCGUCUAGCCUGUGACACAGCCCCACCCUCGGAGUUGGAGAAUUUGAGAAGCAGCAGUUGUAGCAUCAACCACCCAAUCUUCAGAAUGGGAGCCAAGCUUACUUUCACAGUGAAAUUUGAUGUUUCCCCUACAGCCAGCUUUGGGGACCAGGUACUCAUAAAAGCCAACGUGAGCAGUGAGAAUAACACACCAAUGACCAGCAAAAACAUCUUCGAGCUGAAACUACCAGUGAAAUAUGCCAUCUACACAGUGAUCAAUAGCAUGGAAGACUCUACCAAGUAUCUCAACUUCUCAGUUUUGGAAAAGAAGCAAAUUAAUAUGACUCAACACAGUUAUCAAGUGAAUAACCUAGGACAGAGGGCUGUACGUGUCCAUAUCAUUUUCCGGGUCCCCAUGGAAUUGAACAAGGUGUCUGUGUGGAAUCUGACUGAGGUCAUUCACCCGCAGGAUUCAUCCAUUCAGUGUGUCACAGAAAGAGAAGAACCCAGUCACUCUGACUUCCUGACCCACAUUCAGAAGAGUCCAGUGCUGAAUUGUUCCAUUGCUGCCUGCCUGAGAAUUGACUGUGAUAUCCCCACCUUCAACAUCCAAGAGAAGCUUGACUUCAUCAUUAAAGGCAAUUUCCACUUUGGUUGGGUCAGCCAGACUCUGCAGAAGAAGCUGUUGUUCGUGAAUUCAGCUCAAAUAACUUUUGAUGAAUUGAAGUAUUCCCAGCUUCCAGGACAAGAGGCCUUUUUGAGAACCCAGAUAGAGACAGUGGUAGAACAGUAUGAGAUCCACAAUCCCAUCCCCCUCAUCUUGGGCAGCACCGCGGGGGGACUCCUGCUGUUGGCACUCAUCACAACUGGACUCUAUAAGCUUGGUUUCUUUAAACGUCACUAUAAGAACAUGAUGGAAGAUAAAGCCGAAGACUUUGCUCUGAAAAAUGAAGAGUCUGAGCCCCCCAGCUCCUGAUGCAGCCAUCCCACUCUCCUAGGGAUACAGCCAUCCCACUGUCCCAGGGCCCAUUCUAUUAGGGGUAAAUCUCAGCCCUCUCUUUACCUAGACAAAGCUAGGCCUGAGAUGAGAGCCCUUUGUCAGGCUAUUUCUACAAACUCAUCUACAAUGGGCUAGGAGUGGGACUGAGUCUUUUUUAUAUGAAAACAACCACAGCAUGUGCAAAACCUGUCCCCACUUCCUGGGAAACGUUGUCAUUUUGGCAUGUUUGAAUAAAAACU